AUGGAUGUAGUAUCUCACAGAAUGGAACUUUGGACCAAAAUUAUACCUGUUUUCAAAUACAGCCCAGAGCUAUCUUAUUUUGAAACUUUAGUUCCUACAAUGGAUACUGUACGUUUUGGAUAUAUCAUGGAAAGACUUAUUUACGUUGACAGCCCGGUUUUUAUAACAGGCGAAACAGGUGUUGGUAAAUCUGUGGUAGCAAAAGAUUGCCUACAUAGAUUAUUUCUUACCCAGAAAUUCGUUCCGGCUACCAUAAACUUUUCAGCCCAAACUAGCAGUGCUAGAACGCAAGAAAUUAUCGAACUAAAGUUGGAGAAAAAGAAGAGAACGUUGAUAGGUGCGCCAGUCGGUAAAAAAGUGGUUAUCUUCGUAGACGAUGUCAAUAUGCCCAAAUUGGACACGUAUGGAGCACAACCUCCUAUUGAACUUCUCAGGCAACUGUUAGACUACGGAGGUCUCUACGAUAGAGAAAAACUGUUUUGGAAGGACAUCAGAGACGUAAUAAUAACCGUAGCAUGUGCACCUCCUGGUGGUGGUAGAAAUCCUUUAACAGCUCGAUUUGUGAGACAUUUUGGCAUGUUGCUCAUUCCGCCACCCAGUGAAGUAGCGCUGAAAGUCAUUUUUAAAUCUAUUUUGAGAGGUUUCCUAAAUCCUUUUACCAACGAAAUACGAGAUUUGACUGAAUACAUGGUGAAUGCAGCUGUAGAUAUCUAUCAAAGGAUAGAAAGCGAUCUUCUCCCAACCCCAGCUAAAUCUCAUUAUGUAUUCAAUCUCAGAGAUCUCUCUAAAUGCAUCCAAGGGAUCACCAAGCCGAUCCAGGGUCUAUGCGCACAGAAGUCGAUAUGUUGAGACUAUUUUAUCACGAAUGCUUAAGAGUUUUCCAUGACCGACUCAUAAACGUCGAAGAUAAAUCUUAUUUCUAUCUUCUGAUGAAGGAUAUUUGUGUCCGAAACUUCGGAACUCCUGUAAUAGAGCUACCAGAAGGAGAAAUUAUACAAAAUCCACCAAUUUUGCUAUUUGGCGAUUUUAUACAAAUGGGAGCAGAAAAGAAAAACAGAGUAUAUGAAGAAUUGAAGAAUAUUGACAAGCUCAAAAAUGUAUUACAAGAUUAUUUAGAUGAUUUUAACUUAACUACCGCUAAAGAAAUGAAGCUCAUAUUUUUUAUGAUGGCUGUUGAGCAUUGUAUUCGUAUUGCCAGAGUGUUAAGAUCAGAACGCGGUAAUUCGUUGCUAGUAGGCGUGGGUGGUAUGGGAAAACAAAGUUUGACCAAACUGGCUGCACAUCUAAACAUGUACAAGUGUUUUCAAAUAGAACUGACGAGAAACUACGACCACAUGGCAUUCUUUGAAGACUUGAGAAAGAUGUGCUUCCACGCAGGCGUGGAAUUUGAAGACAGUGUGUUUCUGUUUACUGAUACUCAGAUAGUUCAGGAAGAAUUUCUAGAAGACAUCAAUAAUCUACUUAAUUCAGGGGAAGUUCCCAAUCUAUAUGAAGCAGACGAGUACGAACAUGUAAUUAUAGGAGUUCGUGGGGCCGCCAAACAAGCAGGAAUAGAUGAAGCCAAUCGAGAUGGAAUAUACAACCACUUCAUUAGCAGAGUAAGAAUUAAAUUGCAUCUGGUUAUCUGCAUGAGUCCUGUAGGAGACGCCUUUAGAAGACGAUGUAGAAUGUUCCCAUCUCUUGUUAACUGUUGCACUAUCGACUGGUUUGAAAAAUGGCCCCAGGAGGCUUUACUUUCGGUAGCAGAGAGCGAAAUGAUAAGUUUAGGGGAAGAUAUUUCCACUCGUUUAGCACGAGUUUGUGUAGCAAUGCACGAGAGUGUAGAGGUGAUGACUGUGAGAUUCUAUGAAGAAAUGAAGAGAUACUAUUAUACAACACCCAGCAGCUAUUUAGAACUGAUCAAACUAUACCAAUCGAUGUUGGGAAUGAAGAAAGACAAAAUAACUAAAACUAGAGACAGAAUAAACAACGGAUUGAAGAAAUUAUACGAAACUAAUAACGUGAUAGAUAGUAUGAAAGAAACUUUGACGGCUUUGGAACCUGUUCUGGCACAAAAAUCAGUAGCUGCCGAAGAAUUGAUGGUCUUUCUCAGUAAAGAACAAAAACAAGCUGACAAAGUUCGUACCAUCGUUAAAGCUGACGAAGAAGUUGCCAAAGUAAAAGCAGAAGAAACUCAAGCCAUAGCUGAUGAUGCUCAGAAAGACCUAGAUACAGCUCUCCCUGCACUAGAAGCAGCUACCAAAGCACUUGAAUCUUUAAACAAGAACGAUAUUAAUGAGGUGAAAGUGUUUCAAAAACCUCCAAAACUGGUUCAAGUCGUUAUGGAAUCAGUGUGUUUGCUACUCGGAGCUAAGACUGAUUGGGCUUCCGCCAAAAUAGUGUUAAGCGACGCUCACUUCUUGAAGAAGCUUCAAGAAUACGACAAAGACCACGUCAGCGAUUUGGUAUUGAGGAAACUAAAAGUUUAUAUAGAAAAUCCAGAUUUUGUUCCGGAUAAGGUUCUCAAAGUAUCAAAAGCUUGCAAGAGUCUUUGUUUGUGGGUAAGAGCUAUUGAUAUGUAUGCCAAAGUUUACAGAAUCGUUGAACCCAAAAGAAAAAAGCUUCAGACCGCUGAGAAGGAACUGGCGCAAGUUAUGGCCCUGCUCAGAGACAAGCAAAUGAAAUUGGCUGAAGUGGAAGCACAAAUAGCAAAUUUAGAAGCUAAUUUUAACGCAACAAUGGCAGAAAAGAAGGCUAUCGAAGACAAUAUAGAAUUAACAGCUGCCAGGUUGAAUCGGGCUGGUAGGCUUAAUGUAGCUCUCGGAGAUGAGCAAUCGAGGUGGGAAGAAAGUGUUGAGAGGUUUGGUAUUGAACUGGAAAACGCUGUUGGUGAUGUUCUUAUGGCGGCUGCAUGCGUUGCUUACUUAGGUGCAUUUACCAGCAACUAUCGUAUGGAACUAGUAAACAUUUGGGAACGAAAAUGCAAUGGGGAACAUAUACCAGCAGCACAAAAUUUUAGUUUAAUAACUGUACUAGCAGAUCCGUACGAAAUUCGCAUAUGGAACUCGUGUGGUCUUCCUAGAGACAAUAUCUCCACAGAAAACGCCAUUCUGGUAAAACAAGCAGGCCGUUGGCCACUUAUGAUAGAUCCUCAAGAGCAAGCUAACAGAUGGAUACGACAAUUGGAGGUAGAGAACCAGUUGAAAGUAAUCAAAUUGAGUGAUACCAACUUUAUGAGAAUUUUAGAAACCGCUGUGACAAUUGGAAUGCCUGUGCUGUUAGAAGAAGUUGGAGAAACGUUGGAUCCAACUUUGGAACCUAUUUUACUAAAGCAAACAUUUAUGCAGGGAGGAAGACUUCUCAUACGUUUGGGAGAAAGUGACGUUGAAUAUAAUGAAAAUUUUCGAUUUUACAUCACCACCAAAUUGGCAAAUCCUCACUAUUUACCAGAAAUCUGCAUUAAGGUGACCAUUGUCAACUUUACAGUAACUUUAUCUGGAUUAGAGGAUCAAUUAUUAGCUGAUGUGGUACGUUUGGAAAGACCUGAUCUAGAACGACAAAGAACAGAACUUAUAAUCAAAAUAAACGCUGACAAGUCUCAACUUAAAGCCAUAGAAGACAAGAUUCUGUACUUACUGUACCAUUCAGAGGGUAACAUUUUAGAUGAUGAGGAGCUUAUCGAAACUCUAAACGAGAGCAAGGAAACAUCUGCUAUUAUUGAAGCUCGUUUGAUAGAAACAGAAUCCACAGAGGAAAAAAUAUCGAUAGCCAGAGAAAAGUACAGGCUAGUAGCGGUAAGAGGAUCCGUUUUGUAUUUCGUGGUGGCAAAUCUAGCGGAUAUUGAUCCAAUGUACCAAUAUUCAUUGAAAUAUUUUAAUCAGGUUUUCAAUAACGUAAUAGAAGUCAGCGAAAAGAAAGAAGUUUUGGAGCAACGUUUGGCCAUUUUGAUCAAGGAAAUUACUAAAGCCAUCUAUACUAAUAUUUCCAGAGGCCUUUUCGAACGCCACAAACUUGUUUUUAGUUUCAUGUUGUGCGUAGCUGUUCUUCAACAAGCUGGAAUUGUAACAGAUGCUCAGUGGAACUUUUUAUUGAGAGGACCUGUCGCAACAAAGGCCGCAAUACCAAAGAAACCGGACCACCCUAUAAUAACCGAUGCUAUGUGGACAGCAGCUCAAUUCCUAUCCUCUACAUAUGAACAUUUCGAAGGACUGGACGUCGACUUCUUGAAAAGGAUCCAUCUAGAGAUAGGAGAUUUUAAGUUGGAUAUCCAUUUGAUGGAUCAUAAGACUGAGUCAAGACGUGAUUGGAACACUCAAUUGGAUGAUUUUGAUAAAUUGAUGCUCAUUAAAACGGUAGCUGAAGAGAAACUUAUCUUCGCAAUAGCGGAAUACGUCAAAAUAAAACUAGGAAAAACAUUUAUCGAAAGUCCUCAAGUAUCACUAUCAGUAUUAUAUGAAGACACGUCCAAUGGAGUUCCUUUGAUAUUUGUUUUGAGCACAGGAUCAGAUCCUUUUGAGGCUUUCCAACGUUUCGCCAACGAAAUGAACUUCGGAGAUAGAGUUAAAUCAAUCUCUUUGGGGCAAGGACAAGGUCCAGUUGCUGAAAAAAUGAUACAAGAUGCUGUAGAGAAGGGGGAUUGGGUCUUUUUACAGAAUUGCCACUUGGCCACCUCCUGGAUGCUCUCUAUGGAAACAAUAGUGUUAGUCAUAGCCAGAGAUACGGAUAAAGUCCAUAAAGAGUUCAGGCUGUUCCUGAGUUCCAUGCCGUCAAAAGCGUUCCCCGUAUCGGUACUUCAGAAUUCAGUCAAAGUAACAAACGAGCCGCCAAAAGGUCUAAGAGCUAACGUCAAAAGAGCAUUCACUGACAUGGAUAAGAAUUUCUUCGAACAUCAUCAUCUGGAGCAUCAGUGGAAGGCUAUGAUAUUCGGACUAUGCAUGUUCCACGCUGUGAUUCAAGAAAGAAAAAAAUUCGGACCUCUAGGAUGGAAUAUCGUGUACGAGUUCAAUGACAGUGACAGAGAUUUCGCGUUUAACAGUCUAAAGAUGUUUUGUGUCGAAGAAUCUAUCCCUUGGGACGCCCUAGAAUAUCUAACUGGCGAAAUCACCUAUGGUGGUAGAGUCACAGAUUACUGGGAUCUGAGAUGCCUCAAAACAAUACUGAAAAUCUUCUUUUCUCCGCAAAUUCUAACUUCCGGAUAUGUAUACUCUGAAUCUGGCACAUACUACUGCCCAGUUUUUUCUACUAUACAAGAAUAUCGAGAAUUUGUGGAUAAUCUUCCUAUUAUAGAACAACCAGAGAUAUUUGGUAUGCAUGAAAAUGCAAAUAUAGCCUACCAGGUUAAAGAGACAAACAUUAUCAUUCGAACCAUCAUGGAAUGCCAGCCUCGAACUGGAGGUGGUGUUGAAGGUAGAUCCAGUGACGAUAUAGUAUAUGACUUGGCAGAAGGAAUUCUGACGUCUAUAAUGAAGAAAAUACCUACCGAACACGUCAACGCUUACAUGUUUAAGAAAGACAAAAAAGGAAGAGUUCCUUCUUUGACGACAGUUUUAACGCAAGAAAUCGACCGUUAUGACAAACUACUUAAAAUAAUUCACGAAUCUAUGGAACAACUACAAAAGGCAAUCAAAGGUCUCGUCGUUAUGUCGGACGCUUUGGAAGAAAUAUUUACUGCUUUUAUGAACAAUCAGGUCCCUGCAAUGUGGAACAGAAUAGCUUAUAAUUCCUUAAAAAGUUUAGGAAGUUGGACCAGAGAUCUUAUUUUAAGAUUGGACUUUAUCAGUGUUUGGGUACGAUAUGGUGCUCCCACAUCCUACUGGAUCUCGGGCUUUUAUUUUCCCCAAGGCUUUCUAACAGGUUCUUUACAAACACAUGCCAGAAAGUACAAUUUACCUAUCGACGAACUUAAGUUCGAUUUUUACGUUUACAAGCAAAUGUUGGAUCAAGAAGAUAUAUUUUCCAAGCAUACUAUCGUAGGAAAGGAGGUUUAUGAAAGUUAUAAGUUGUAUGAAGUUCCCACGGAUGGAGUGAUCGUUCAUGGUCUUUUUAUUGACGCUGGUAGGUGGGAUUUUACAUUAGAUGAACUUGUUGAUGCCAAACCAGGUGAAAUCAAUCCUCCAUUACCGAUUAUGUGGCUACAACCUACCAGGACCCUGCCCCCUAAAGAUACCCGGUACGCGGCACCAUUAUAUAAGACGUCAGUUCGCGCUGGUGUCCUAUCCACGACUGGACACAGUACGAACUUCGUGAUAGCAGUGCUUCUUCCUACCCGAUAUCCUCAGGAGUAUUGGAUAUUAAAAGGAACAGCGUUGUUAACCCAGAUCACCGAUUGA